AAAUAAAAACCAUUCCUCAGCUUACUUGCUUGAAUCCGUAGCCUGGUUACAUACAAGCAAUCCACUUUGCUUCGGCGGGAUCCCCUUUCAUCUUGUCCCCCUCUGCUACUAGAUUCAUCUUCUCACGCACACAAUACGAGAAGAAAAUGUUGCUCGCAGUCCUGAUCGCUAAUUCGGAAGGCAAUAUUCUUGUCGAGCGUUUUAAUGGUGUUCCAGCAGAGGAGCGUUUGCAUUGGAGAUCUUUCUUAGUGAAACUGGGAGUGGAUAAUCUUAGAGGAGUCAAGAAUGAGGAGCUCCUUGUUGCUAAUCACAAGUCGGUGUAUAUUGUAUACACAGUGCUUGGUGAUGUCAGUAUAUUCGUUGUUGGGAAGGAUGAAUAUGACGAACUUGCCUUGUCAGAAGCUAUCUUUGUUAUAACCUCAGCCCUGAAGGAUGUAUGUGGAAAACCUCCAACUGAGCGCCUUUUCCUUGACAAAUAUGGUAAAAUAUGCUUGUGCCUGGAUGAGAUUGUCUGGAAGGGUCUGCUGGAGAACACGGAUAAAGACAGAAUCAAGAGACUUAUACGGUUGAAACCACCAACUGACUUCUAAUCCCCCGUGUGUACAAAGGAAAAGGGCCUGCCUUCUUGCUACAGUUGCUGCGUGGAUGCACACUCAUGGGUUUGUCUCGUAAUGCUCUCUACAGAUUGUUUAUUUGGCUAUCGGUCUGUAUUCGUGUGGUUGUAGCUGUUGUUGCAUAUUAGAUUUUGUGUCAUACCUUUAGAUUUUGUGGAAGCUUGCAAGUUUCUUCGAAGAAUCUCAUGUCAUUUCAAGUGUUAGGCCUUGAUUUUGAUUGUGUUGUCAUUGUUACAUUUAUCUUUUCGCAGUUACAUAUAUCUAUGAUUUAAGACCUGAAUGAUAUAUCACUUGAACAGUUA